AUAACGAUUGGUAGAUUGUUUGUCCAAAGAGUAGAUUGAUCGUCCGAAGUUACUCAUUUGAAUUUUGAACUCACUCAAACUUAGUUGCACUCAAAUUGACAACACCGAAAUAUAAAUCAGCACCCAAUAACCUCUGUGAAACUUUCAAUCCCAUAAUUUUCUAACUAUUUUCAAAUUUUCUGCAAUUCUUCGAUAAUUUUCUGAUCGAUAUGCCUAAGAUCACAGACCUGGUUACUUUUGACCAUCUGGAGUCGCAAGAUGGGUGCCAAACUACAGAUACCAUCUUCCACGUGCAGCCAGUGGGAUUCGGAUUCAACUUCGAGACCGCCCAGGAUAACUCUUACAUGAGCGAAGAGGAGGCCGAGUGUCUCAAUGCACAGUUCAUAGAGGCCAAUGCCCUCCACGAAAGCGACGCCUUUGUCCAGACACUCUCAAAUGCAGGAGUAACUGUUGUGGUCAGUCGAGGCGAGCAAAACACGCCCGACGCUGUUUUUCCCAACAACUGGUUCUCGACCCAUUCGGCAUACGAGGGUCACCCAUACCGACUCAUCCUCUACCCCAUGACAUGUGAGUCCAGAAGAGCCGAACGAAGUGCCGAGCGAAUUCACUUAAUCAAAGCCUACUGCGGGGUCGUAGAUGACUCACAAGUUUUGGAUCUCAGCCACUAUGAGGAAGAGGGCAAAUUCCUCGAAGGAACAGGAGCCUGUGUUUUCGACCGAAUCAACAAAGUAUGCUACGUAGGCUUGUCCAAGCGCGCUGAUGCUGAAGUCGCACAAGAACUCUGUGACCAUAUAGGGUACAAAUUGAUCACUUUUAAGACCCAUGAUGAAACAGACAUGCCUAUCUUCCAUACUAACGUGAUGCUUAACAUCGGUAACACAUUUGCAAUGCUCUGCGACGAAUGUUUUGCUUGUGGCGACGAGCUCGAAAUGGUUCAACAUAGUUUGGCGACAUCCGGAAGAACUGUGGUUCCGAUAUCAUUGUUGCAAGUCCGCUUCUUCUGCGGCAAUGCGCUCGAGUUGCGAGGCGAGAAAAAUGGGGAGCCUAUGUUUUUCAUUACGAUGUCGCAGAAUGCGUGGGAUAACUUGUUUGAUUGGCAGCAAUCGUUGAUUCAAGAACAUGUUGAUGAUGUAAUACCGAUUCCAGUGAACACAAUCGAACGAAUCGGAGGCGGAUCAGUUCGCUGCAUGAUCGGACAAUUGUUCACUUCGUAAUCAACUCAUAAAUGUUAAAAAUCUUGAACGGUUUUUUAGAUGAGCACUAUUUGUUCAAUAAAAAACAAAAAUGAAUUUUCAGCCCCUAAAAAUUUAAAAAGGAAACCAGCAAAACAUUUUUUAUAUAUUUUUUUGAUGUCAUAAAGGAGCCACGAAGACCAAAAGUUUCAAUUGAUUACAGUCUGAGAACAUUUCAACCCUAGUUUGAAGCAGAUGUACCAACCCUUCAUAAUUGGACUAGUUACGAUAACUAGUGCCAAACUUGAUAGUUUGUUCAAGCUUUUUGACCAAAACUGUGUAAAUAUCUUUUAUCCUGAACUCUUAACCCCAUUUUUCGCCGAUUAGUUAGUUAGUUUAUCUAUCUAUUUCUAACUGCGAUUAGACUUUGCGCUUAGUUUGUAGUUAUAAGUUUGUUUGAGUUGUUCAAAUUCAAUAGUUUUUCACCAAUAGAUGUUACUAGCUGA